AAUCAAAAAACACUCUGCAACAUAGCCUUUCGCUGAACCAUACCAACAAAAGCACCAAUCUGGCAAACGACCUAACCUUUGGUAUGCACCAAAAGGCUUAAACUUUGGACAACUGUCGUUAAAACUCUUCUUAUCAAGCAUCAAAAACCAAACCCCAGUUUUUGUCUUAAAAUCAAUUUCGAAGACAAUGUCAUCGUUUUCUUCGUCUCUCUCCCGCCCAUCCUGUCGCUCCUCACCCACCUCGUCUCUUUACUUCUCGAAUCACUCUUCCCUCAUCAAUGGCGACCCACGACGCUCACUCUCGUUCCUCUCCGCCUCUCCUCAGGAGGAGAUAUGUCUUAGAUCGCAGAGGAAGUCAGUUCAGAGCUCUGUUGUAUUGCAAGACGGCGCAGUUGUAGUAGUAACGAACUCAGAACCGGCUGAGAAACUGAAAGACGGACUUUUAUCGGUUCAGUCACAAGAAGCAGACAAGCUUGUGGCAGAGCUUGGUGGCGGCCAACAGGAGUCGACGGUCAGUAUCACGGUGGUUGGAGCCUCUGGUGAUCUUGCUAAGAAGAAAAUAUUCCCAGCUCUUUUCGCACUUUACUAUGAAGGCUGUCUUCCUCAGCAUUUUACAAUAUACGGAUAUGCAAGGAGUAAGAUGACAGACGGUGAACUUAGAGACAUGGUUAGCAAAACUCUGACUUGUAGAAUUGAUAAGAGGGCAAACUGUGGUGAAAAGAUGGAAGAGUUUCUCAAGAGAUGUUUUUACCAUACGGGUCAGUAUGAUUCUCAGGAACAUUUUGUUGCUUUGGACAAGAAGCUCAAGGAGCAUGAGGGUGGAAGACUAUCGAACCGCCUUUUUUACCUCUCAAUCCCUCCAAAUAUCUUUGUGGACGCGGUUAAAUGUGCAAGCUCAUCUGCUUCAUCCCUCAGUGGAUGGACUAGGGUCAUUGUGGAGAAACCUUUUGGCCGAGAUUCCAAAACUUCCGCUGCUUUAACAAACUCCCUUAAGCACUACCUUGAGGAAGACCAAAUAUUUAGGAUAGACCAUUACUUAGGAAAGGAGCUAGUUGAGAACCUAUCAGUUCUCCGAUUCUCAAACCUCAUAUUCGAACCCUUAUGGUCAAGGCAGUAUAUACAGAACGUGCAGUUCAUAUUCUCCGAGGACUUCGGCACCGAAGGACGUGGAGGGUACUUUGACCAUUACGGAAUCAUAAGAGACAUAAUGCAGAAUCAUCUCCUUCAGAUAUUAGCUCUUUUCGCCAUGGAAACACCUGUCAGUUUGGACGCGGAAGAUAUCAGAAACGAAAAGGUAAAAGUUCUGCGUUCGAUGAGGCCGAUACAGCUCGAAGACGUGGUGAUGGGACAGUACAAGAGCACUACUAAAGGAGGAGUCACUUAUCCAGGCUACACUGAUGAUAAAACCGUGCCGAAAGAUAGUCUGACGCCGACGUUUGCAGCUGCUGCACUCUUUAUAGACAAUGCGAGAUGGGAUGGUGUUCCUUUUCUAAUGAAAGCUGGGAAAGCAUUACACACAAGGAGUGCGGAGAUAAGGGUGCAGUUCAAGCAUGUGCCUGGAAAUCUAUAUAACCGGAACUCCGGUACUAAUCUUGACCGGACUACAAAUGAGCUUGUCAUCCGAGUCCAACCAGAUGAAGGCAUCUAUUUGAAAAUCAACAACAAGGUCCCUGGUUUAGGAAUGAGAUUAGACCAGAGUCACUUGAAUCUUCUCUAUUCCACAAGGUAUUCAAAGGAGAUCCCAGAUGCUUAUGAGAGGCUGCUGUUGGAUGCAAUAGAAGGAGAACGGAGGUUGUUCAUAAGAAGCGAUGAACUUGACGCUGCUUGGGCGCUUUUCACUCCGUUGCUCGAAGAGAUUGAGGAAAAGAAGAUGAUUCCUGAGUUCUAUCCUUACGGAAGUCGUGGUCCAGUUGGUGCUCACUAUCUAGCCGCGAAGCACAAUGUCCAAUGGGGAGAUCUUUAGUCUCGGACCAGUGAAAGUGUGGAUGAGUUGAUUUAUCAAACCUUUCCUUUUGUUCUACUAUUGAUCCACGUCUGAGGUUGUCAUUGACUGUUACUUGCAUAAUAAGUAAGGGUUUCUAUACGUUAUUGUUUCCACCAUUUUAAUUGAAUUUAGUUGGACUUAGUUUA